CGUUUCACAUCCGCUGUUUGGAUCUGAAAGAGAGAAGAAGAAAAGAUCCCGGGAUUCCCGUCAUCUCUGUCGAAGACGAGCCACGUAUCAGAGCUCUCCGACACCUGUUUCUCUCUCCCUCUCUCUCUCUCUCUCACUCUCUUCUUCGGAUAGAAAAACGUCUUGUAUAGCGAUCCUCUCCGUUGGUAUCUGUCUAUAUAUAGGAAGAGCAGCGCCUGAAAAAGAGCCAUGACUGGAAGAGAAAUCCUCCUCAAGAUGAAGGAAAAAGUUGGUCUUGGUUCAUCUGCAGCAGAUACAGGGAAAGGGAGGAGCAGGAUGUCGGACAGGCAUGUCACACAUGGCUUCCACUUGGUCAAAGGAAAAUCGAAUCAUGCAAUGGAAGAUUAUGUUGUGGCCAAAUUCAAGAAAUUUAAUGACUCUGAAUUGGGUUUAUUCGCAAUAUUUGACGGUCAUUUGGGUCAUGAUGUUCCAGAUUACCUUCGAUCUCAUCUGUUUGAUAAUAUUCUGAAAGAGCCUGACUUCUCGACUGAACCAGAGAGUGCAGUGAAAAGAGCAUAUCAGCUAACUGAUGGAAAGAUUCUGGAGAAAGCAGGUGAGUUGGGCAGAGGAGGCUCAACUGCAGUUACAGCUAUAUUGAUCAAUGGUGAGAAGUUGGUUGUAGCCAAUGUUGGAGAUUCUCGAGCAGUUGUAUGCUGGAAAGGUAUGGCCAAACAGCUAUCAGUCGAUCAUGAGCCAAGCAAGGAGCGGCAGACCAUAGAGAGCAAAGGUGGUUUUGUAUCAAACCUACCAGGUGACGUUCCGCGUGUUGAUGGACAGCUGGCAGUGGCAAGGGCCUUUGGUGAUAGGAGCUUGAAGAAACACCUUAGUUCAGAACCCCAUGUGGUGGUGGAGACUGUAGAUGCAGACACGGAGUUCCUCAUCUUGGCAAGCGAUGGGCUGUGGAAGGUGAUGUCAAACGAAGAGGCAGUGAAUUCAAUUAGACAUGUGAAGGAUGCCCAGUUGGCAGCAAAGCAUCUGACAGAAGAAGCUCUCACUAGGAAGAGCAAGGACGAUAUAUCUGUUGUCGUUGUAAGUUUUCACUGACCCUUUUGGUUUGGUUGGGUUCCUAUAUCUGUUUGCCUGUUUCAUGUUGUUGUAUACUAUAAUGAAUCAUGUGCUGUCCUAGUCCAAGAUGUAUUCUCUCUUUUUAACGAUGUCAUUAUAAAGAUUGUUCUAUGCUGGUUUUCAAAGGCAAGUCACCAAGUUGUAGAUUGAAACCUCAUAUUGUUGUGUAUUUGGGUUAGACUGCAAUAAUAGGACUUACUCCUGUUGUCUUUGUCA